ACCUAGUUUAGAUCUUUAUAUAAGUGAACAUGAGUGCAUUCAGGCUGCAGCAACUGAAAGAUCACAUACUGCCUGAAAAUAAGAUCACACCGAUGGACGGCUCUGCGAGUCCUUUGACCACUCAUGUGUUGAACACUGCAGCGGGUGUCCCAGGGUCAAACAUGACCCUCAGACUCUACCAACAAGACCCCUGGACCAGUGUUUGGAAUCUGAUAACCAACGGGACCACUGAUGAUGAUGGACGAUGCCCAGGGCUCAUCACACAGCAACAGUUUAGACCUGCUGUGUAUAAACUGCAUUUUGAAACAGCUCAGUACUGGGAAAGUAUGGGAGAGACGUCCUUUUACCCCUACGUUGAGAUUGUUUUUACUAUAUCUAACCCAGACCAGAAGUAUCAUGUCCCACUGCUCGUGAGUCGUUUCUCCUACAGUACGUACAGGGGAAGCUAAAGUCAUGCUCAGCCUCCUGAGUAUCGUUUCAUCUAAAUACUGUGACACCAAACAAGUGGUAUGAGUCCACCAAGGACAGCACUCGGUGGUGAAUAAAGGUCUUCUGUAUUUGACUUCAGUAAAAGUAAUGAUAUUGUUCAAAAUGAGACUUGUAUUAAGGAAAUGAACUACUUUAUUGUGAAAAUAUAUUGUAAAUAAACUGGAAAAAUAAGUGUACA